AUGGCGGGUCGGGGAGGCGCAGCACGACCCAACGGACCAGCUGCUGGGAACAAGAUCUGUCAGUUUAAGCUGGUCCUGCUGGGGGAGUCCGCGGUCGGCAAAUCCAGCCUCGUCCUCCGCUUCGUCAAGGGGCAGUUCCACGAGUACCAGGAGAGCACAAUUGGAGCGGCCUUCCUCACACAGACCGUCUGCUUGGACGACACAACAGUCAAGUUUGAGAUCUGGGACACAGCCGGACAGGAGCGGUAUCACAGCCUGGCCCCCAUGUACUAUCGGGGGGCCCAGGCUGCCAUCGUGGUCUACGACAUCACCAACACAGAUACCUUCGCCCGGGCCAAGAACUGGGUGAAGGAGCUACAGAGGCAGGCCAGCCCCAACAUCGUCAUCGCGCUCGCAGGCAACAAGGCGGACCUGGCCAGCAAGAGAGCCGUGGAGUUCCAGGAAGCACAAGCCUAUGCAGAGGACAACAGUUUGCUGUUCAUGGAGACAUCAGCGAAGACUGCGAUGAACGUGAAUGAAAUUUUCAUGGCAAUAGCUAAGAAGCUUCCCAAGAACGAACCCCAGAAUGCAGCUGGUGCUCCGGGCCGGAACCGAGGUGUGGACCUCCAGGAGAACAACCCCGCCAGCCGGAGCCAGUGCUGCAGCAACUGA